UUCGGUGUAUGCUACCAAAGAAAGAUCAAACCCCACCUUUGAUUGCUGACCUUUCAGAAGUUUUAGCCGACAGCGCGUGGAAUGCCUUCUAUUCAACAUUUACACCAAUGCAAAAGCUGUUCCUGAAGAGAGAUCACUUCGAGAUCAAAGUUCCCGAGAGUUACUUCGCUUUUGACAACGUCGCCGUUGACACAGCUGAGCCGGAAACAGAUGCCACGCCCCAGAAGCAGGCGACACUAGAAAAUGUGAUAGUUCCCCCUGAUUCAACAAAGGCCGAGACCAUCUCCUUGGAGACGAUAUUCGGAAACGACACGGACGAGAAACAGAGCUACAAAUUCCGGUUUGAGAAAACCAGGAAAACAGUCAUCAACGUGCUCAUACAGAAAGGAUUCACCUUCGGCGGCAAGGCUAAUUUUAGCGUGGGGAUUCCCAAACAAUUGAAAUUUGGCUUGGAGACAGAUUUACAUUACCAGCUGAAUACAACAGACGCGCACACAUUUGAAGAGUCGGUGAUGAUGGAAGCCACUAGCGACAUCUGUGUUGGCGCCCACAGCUGCUACGUCGUCAACGUGGAGCUUCGGGAAGUCCCCAUUCACUACAAAUUCAAGUUCGUCACGCGCAUGUCCAUGCCCCUCGGCAGCGCCCCAAUUUACAUUCAUAAAAAACAAAAUGGCGAAAAAGUGUUCACCUACGUGGUGCGGGAUUUGCGUGAUGACGUAAGCAACAAAAAGGUCACGUGUAGUCAAGACGUCAUUGACUCCAACGGACACGUGUCGAAGAAAACAAUUGAUUUAGUAGUGGAGGGGGUUUUGAAAGGCGUCUUAGCCUGUAACCACAAAAUAUUGCUCAGAAACGACAAAACAAAGCAGGAAUCAAAAUCACUAAAUACGCAUUAGUAUGCCCAUUUAAAUAACGUAUCUAUUACUUUAUUAGUCUAAAGCAGGGGUCUCCAAACUACGGCCCGCGGGCCGGAUGCGGCCCGCGAAGUCCUCUCAUCCGGCCCGCGGAGAUCUUUUUGUCUAAGGAAAAAUCGUUUGUUGGUGAUGGCUGAGGAACUUUGCCCAUAGAACUCAAAGACAUGCCUGAAAGAAACUGGCCCCCGAACUGAAAUUUGAUAGUUAA